UUGCAAUUGUCGACAUGGUCACGUGGAACUUGCACGGGGAUGUCUUAUUCACAGGACCACGAUUCCCACCACCAAAAAAUAAAAAGAAUUUUCAAAUGCAAUGCAAUGCACUCAUGCUCAUGCCAGAGAGCGAGCUCAGCCCUCACCAAGGUAAGCAAGCAGAGGUCACUAGCCUACCAGCUAGAGGUCUAGCCAGCUUGCCAUAGCCAUGGACGACUACUUCUACCAGUCGCUCCUCCUCUCGGUUCUCGCCGUGGCGCUGCUCCAGCUGCUGAAGCUAGCCAUGGCGGCGCCGAGGGCGCCGCGGCGCCCUCUGCCGCCUGGCCCGUGGAAGCUGCCGGUGAUCGGCAGCAUGCACCACCUCGUGAACGUGCUGCCCCACCGCGCGCUGCGGGACCUGGCCGCCGCGCACGGCCCGCUGAUGAUGCUCCAGCUCGGGCAGACGCCGCUCGUGGUGGCCUCCUCCAGGGAGACGGCCCGCGCCGUGCUCAAGACCCACGACACCAACUUCGCCACCCGGCCCAAGCUUCUCGCCGGCGAGAUCGUCGGGUACGAGUGGGCCGACAUCCUCUUCUCCCCCUCCGGCGACUACUGGCGCAAGCUCCGCCAGCUCUGCGCCGCCGAGAUCCUCAGCCCCAAGCGCGUGCUCUCCUUCCGCCACAUCAGGGAGGACGAGGUGAUGCUGCGGGUGGAGGAGAUCCGCGCGACGGGACCAUCGACGCCGGUGAACCUGAGCGUGCUGUUCCACACCCUGACCAACAGCAUCGUGUCGCGGGCGACGUUCGGGAAGAAGCGGAAGAACGCGCCGGAGUUCCUGGCGGCGACCAAGGCCGUCGUCGGCCUCUCCAGCGGCUUCAACAUCCCGGACCUCUUCCCGACGUGGACCAACCUGCUUGCCAGCGUCACCGGCAUGACACGCAGCCUCCGGAGCAUCCACAAGACGGUGGACACCAUCCUAGAGGAGAUCAUCGAGGAGCGGAGAGCCAUCCGCGCCGAGAAGAUUAGGGGCGGCGCCGCCGCCGAGAACGCCGAGGAGAACCUCGUCGACGUCCUCAUCGCCCUGCAAGAGAGAGGCGGCUUCGGCUUCGACCUCAGCAACAGCGUCAUCAAGGCCAUCAUACUGGACAUGUUCGCCGGCGGGACGGGGACGUCGGGGUCGGCGAUGGAGUGGGCGAUGUCGGAGCUGAUGCGGAACCCGGCGGUGAUGCGGAAGCUGCAGGCGGAGAUUCGGGAGGCGUUCCGGGGGAAGGCGGCAGUGACGGAGGGCGACCUGCAGGCGAGCAACCUCCGCUACCUGAAGCUGGUGAUCAAGGAGGCGCUCCGGCUCCACCCGCCGGCGCCGCUGCUGGUGCCGCGGGAGAGCAUCGACGAGUGCGAGCUCGAGGGCUACACGAUCCCGGCGAGGUCGCGCGUGCUCAUCAACGCGUGGGCCAUCGGCCGCGACCCGAGGUACUGGAACGACGCCGAGGAGUUCAAGCCGGAGCGAUUCGAGGACGGCUCCGUCGACUUCACCGGCGGCAGCUACGAGUUCGUGCCGUUCGGCUCGGGGCGCAGGAUGUGCCCGGGCUUCAACUACGGGUUGGCAAGCAUGGAGCUCGGGCUCGCCGGCCUGCUCCACCAUUUUGACUGGUCGCUGCCGGAGGGCGUCGAGGAGGUCGACAUGGGGGAGGCGCCAGGACUCGGCGUGCGCCGCCGCUCGCCGCUGAUGCUCUGCGCCACCCCGUUCGACCCCGUCGCAGCCUCCAAUUAAGGACUUCUAGUUCUAGCCACAUAUCGUCGUAUGCCGACGCGAGAGUGGCGAGACUACCUACCUAUCAACACACGGUGUCUACCUACGUGGCAAUCAGGAACCAUGACAACUGAGUUGCCUGGCCACAUGUUUGUGAUUCUUCCUCCUUUCCUCAUCAAAUCUCCGUUCCUCAUCUAUAUAGUGUUUAUUUAGAUACAUAAUAAUAUUUAUGAAUCUAGAAAAAUUAAAAUAAUUAAAAUAAGCUAUAAAUUUGGAACGGACUGAGUAUAAUGUAACAAGCGCUCGUACAUCUAGCUUGUAUAUAUGCUUGUGUCACCACACACACGGCAAUGGUAUUAUCUCUGGUAAUAAAUGCAAAUAUUACUUAUUGUCC